UCCCUCCACCCUGAACACCACCCCUGAGGGCGGCGGCGGCGGCGACCGUGGUAAUUGCAGCCGCUCGGGGGCAGGGCUUGCCCCAGCGCAGAGUAGUGGCAACGGCUUGUCGCUUCGGGAGCCCCGGGGACGUGAACUCGGCAGACCUACUCUCUCCCCCUCCCAGGAGGAGGUGCUGCCGAAUCCACGCGGGGCAGCGGGACCGCCCCGAGGGGCUUCCUCAGUGGAGGAGAGGUGGGGUUCCAGGGCACAGGUGACAGGGCCGGAGAAAGAUGGAGCAGCCCGGGGCGGCGGCGGCGUCGGGCGCCGGAGGCUGCGGCGAGGAACCCGGUGGGGGCCGAAGCAACAAGCGGAGCGCGGGGAACCGGGCCGCCAACGAAGAGGAAACGAAAAACAAACCUAAAUUGAACAUUCAAAUAAAAACUUUGGCAGAUGAUGUGCGUGACCGAAUUACAAGUUUUAGAAAAUCUACUGUCAAAAAAGAAAAACCUCUUAUCCAACAUCCUAUUGAUUCUCAAGUUGCGAUGAGUGAGUUUCCAGCGGCUCAGCCAUUAUAUGAUGAACGAUCUUUGAAUUUGUCCGAAAAGGAAGUACUGGAUCUCUUUGAAAAAAUGAUGGAGGACAUGAACCUUAAUGAAGAGCGAAAAGCUCCUUUACGAAACAAAGAUUUUACCACCAAGCGUGAGAUGGUCGUCCAGUAUAUUUCUGCUACUGCCAAAUCUAUAGUUGGAAGUAAAGUUAUGGGAGGGCUGAAAAACAGCAAACAUGAAUGCACUCUGUCUUCACAAGAAUAUGUUCAUGAAUUACGAUCUGGUAUUUCAGAUGAGAAACUUCUUAAUUGCCUAGAAUCUCUGAGGGUUUCUUUAACCAGCAAUCCUGUCAGCUGGGUUAACAACUUUGGCCAUGAAGGUCUUGGACUCCUGUUGGAUGUGCUGGAAAAGCUUCUGGACAAGAAACAGCAAGAAAAUAUUGACAAGAAGAAUCAGUAUAAACUUAUUCAGUGCCUCAAAGCAUUUAUGAACAAUAAGUUUGGAUUGCAAAGGAUUCUAGGGGAUGAAAGAAGCCUUUUACUGUUGGCAAGAGCAGUUGACCCCAAACAACCCAACAUGAUGACUGAAAUAGUAAAAAUACUUUCUGCUAUUUGUAUUGUUGGAGAAGAGAACAUUCUAGAUAAACUUUUAGGGGCUAUAACUACAGCAGCAGAACGAAAUAACAGAGAACGAUUUUCACCAAUUGUGGAAGGAUUAGAAAACCAUGAAGCUUUGCAAUUACAGGUGGCCUGCAUGCAGUUUAUAAAUGCCCUUGUCACAUCUCCUUAUGAGCUUGAUUUUCGAAUACAUUUAAGGAAUGAAUUCCUUCGUUCAGGACUAAAAACAAUGUUACCAGAUCUGAAAGAAAAAGAGAAUGACGAGCUUGAUAUUCAGUUGAAAGUAUUUGAUGAAAACAAAGAGGACGACCUAACUGAAUUAUCACACCGUCUCAAUGACAUUCGAGCAGAAAUGGAUGAUAUGAAUGAAGUGUACCAUCUUCUGUAUAAUAUGUUGAAGGACACUGCUGCUGAAAAUUACUUAUUAUCCAUUCUACAACAUUUUUUGCUCAUCAGAAAUGAUUAUUAUAUCAGGCCACAGUAUUACAAAAUAGUUGAGGAAUGUGUUUCACAGAUAGUGCUGCACUGCAGUGGUAUGGACCCAGAUUUCAAGUACAGACAAAGAUUAGACAUUGAUUUCACUCAUCUGAUAGAUUCUUGUGUGAACAAGGCAAAAGUUGAAGAAAGUGAACAAAAAGCAGCAGAAUUUUCGAAGAAGUUCGAUGAAGAAUUCACAGCUCGACAGGAAGCUCAAGCUGAGCUUCAAAAAAGAGAAGAAAAAAUCAAAGAGCUUGAAACAGAAAUCCAACAACUUCGAACCCAGGGACAUGGACUCUCAGGUUCAACAGGAAUUCCAGGCCCUCCUCUACCACCUCCAUUGCCAGGUGCUGGGCCACCCCCGCCCCCACCUCCACCAGCGCCACCUCUACCCAGAGGAGGUCCCCCUCCUCCUCCACCUCCUUUACCUGGGGUACAUGGAAUAGCAUCACCACUGCCUUUGUUUGGGGGACCUCCUCCACCACCUCCCCUUGGAGGAGUUCCUCCUCCUCCUCCGGGAACACUUGAUCUGCCAUAUGGAAUGAAGCAUAAAAAAAUAUAUAAACCUGAGGUGUCCAUGAAGAGGAUCAAUUGGUCAAAGAUUGAACCCAAAGAAUUGUCUGAGAACUGUUUCUGGUUGAAAGUUAAGGAGGAGAAGUUUGAAAAUCCAGAUCUCUUUGCAAAAUUGGCACUGAAUUUCGCUACCCAGAUAAAAGUUCAAAAGAAUGCAGAAGCUUUUGAAGAAAAGAAGACCCUGCCUACAAAGAAGAAAGUGAAAGAGUUGAGAAUUUUGGAUCCCAAAACAGCCCAGAAUCUUUCUAUCUUCCUAGGAUCAUAUCGUAUGCCAUAUGAAGAUAUAAAAAACAUCAUUCUGGAGGUUAAUGAAGACAUGUUGAGUGAGGCCUUAAUUCAGAACCUUAUAAAACAUCUUCCUGAGCAGAAGGUACUCAAUGAAUUAGCACAGCUGAAGAAUGAAUAUGAUGACCUUUGUGAGCCUGAACAGUUUGGAGUUGUGAUGAGCUCAGUGAAAAUGUUGCGUCCUCGUCUCAAUAGCAUUCUUUUCAAGCUCACGUUUGAAGAACACGUAAACAACAUCAAACCAAGCAUCAUAGCAGUAACUCUGGCCUGUGAAGAACUGAAGAAAAGUGAAAGCUUUAACAGACUUUUAGAGUUAGUUCUUUUGGUUGGAAACUACAUGAACUCAGGCUCAAGAAAUGCCCAGUCUUUGGGUUUUAAGAUCAACUUUCUCUGUAAGAUCCGAGAUACUAAAUCAGCAGAUCAAAAGACAACCCUCUUGCAUUUUAUUGCUGAAAUUUGUGAGGAAAAAUACCGGGAUAUCCUGAAAUUUCCUGAAGAACUGGAACAUGUAGAAAGUGCAAGCAAAGUUUCAGCUCAGAUUCUCAAGAGCAACCUUGCAGCAAUGGAACAACAAAUUGUUCACCUGGAACGUGACAUCAAGCAAUUCCCCAAAAUAGAAAAUCAACGUGAUAAGUUUGUGGAAAAGCUGACGAGCUUUACAAAGGGUGCCAGAGAACAGUAUGAAAAACUACUCACCAUGCACAACAACAUGAUAAAGCUCUAUGAGAAUCUUGGAGAAUACUUUAUUUUUGACUCUAAGACAGUGAGCAUAGAAGAAUUUUUCGGUGAUCUCAGCAACUUCCAAACUUUGUUCCUGGAAGCAGUGAAAGAAAACAACAAGAGAAAAGAAAUGGAAGAGAAGACUAGGAGGGCAAAGCUUGCAAAAGAGAAAGCUGAACAAGAAAAGUUAGAACGCCAGAAGAAAAAGAAACAACUCAUUGAUAUAAACAAAGAGGGUGAUGAGACGGGCGUGAUGGAUAAUCUUCUAGAAGCCCUGCAAUCAGGUGCAGCAUUCCGAGACCGCAGAAAGAGGAUUCCAAGGAAUCCAGAUACAAUGCUGGAUGCUGGGGAAUGGAAAGAUGAAUAGCAUGCAGUCUCUGCACUCAAAGACCUCAUUCAAAUGGAGAUAACAGACGAGUACCUUUGGAAAGGUCACGCUCUCGCCACAAUGGAGCUAUCUCAUCUAAGUGAUUCCUGAUGCCAAAGAAUAUGAAAAUACUUCUUAAGUAAACAAAAUCAUACAUUUUGGGAAGAACAAAACAUGCACUCAAGGGAUGGAGAGGAAAUAAGUACAUUUCUGCAAAGAUCAAGCUAAGCUGGAUGCAAUAGCGUGCAUAUGUAAAGCUAUUGCAAGACUCCUCCCACAAUUAUACUAAUAUGAACACAAUUAAUUACCAGAAUUAUAAAACAUGCGUUCCCUUUUAGUGUAAAGAUGUGUAUUAUUUGUUACUGUGUGUGGCCUGACCGUGAUGAUGAAAAGUGUAAGAAAUUGAAGAGUUCCAAAGACUUUCAAAACCAUUCAUUCAGUCUGUCAAAAAUGUAUAAUAUUACUCAAAUUUGAAGUCACCCCCCCCAAAAAAAAAAGAAAAGAGAAGAAAAAGAAUAGAAGUAGUCAGUGUCUACUUCUGAUUCCUGUUAUAUAGAAAAGGAAAAGGCCAGUGAAAAUGUGCGUGUUAAUGGUUUGGAAAGGCACUGAUAUUGCACACUCUAUAAAAGAAGCCAUUUUUUUGGAAACUCAGAAAAAGUACUGCUUCACCCCCCCGUCAAGUUACUUAGAAUCUUAUCUCAAGUGAAAGUUGAUGGAUUCAUCUGCUUCGGCUGAAAUUAAACUUAUCAUUAAUCUAGAGUUUCAGCAUGAUAUUGCAGGCACUUAUCAUUGCUAAAAAUAAGCCAAAAAGUUUAACAGAAGCAGUUAGAGAAAGUGAUUUAAACUUUAUUUAAAGAGGUAUUUUCUAAUUAUGCACAUAUAUCUACUUUAUACAUAUACUUUAUAUGGCUGUUUUUGAGAAAAACCUCACAUUGUAAUGUUUAUGCUAGGGCUGAACCUGCAAAUUCUGUUACCUUUAUUCAGAUUUUUAAAGGUAAAUACUGCUCUCUA